GAUGUAUAUCACAGAAUAAGUCAAUCCCAUUAUUAAUUUUUAUUUCAUAUUAAAAAAAAUAAAUGUUAGUUUUAUAGUUUGCAUUUAGAAAAUAGGUAUAAUAACUUUUUAUAUAAUUUAUAAUAGUAUAUAAAAUUUAUUAGAGGUAUAUAUCGAAGAGAAUAAAUAAAAAUAAGUUAAAUAAAUAUGAAUAGAAAAUAAUUAGAUAUAAAAUAAUUGUAAAAAUUGGAAUCCAUAAAUAAAUAAGAGCUGAUAUUAAAUUGAAAAUGCAAAGAGUUGAUAUUUAAUUGAAAUACAAAAAUGAGAUGAUAAUUAAAGAAAGGGGAUAAAAAUAUAGAAAUUGAAGGUGAACUUAAUAUGCUAAUGUUAAUCUAUAUUAAUUCGU